AUGUUCAAGUCCUUCGGCAAGAUCAUGGGCGGCUCGUCCCGGAAGGGUAAGUCCAAGCUACAGGAUGGCGACGACAGCAUCGAGGCCUCCAACGGUCUGUCCGGUUCCGAUUCCUCCAACAUGCUUCGCGCCAAGAGCAAGGACUCGCUCGCCGUCUCCGAAAACGGCGCAGGAGGUCUCUCAAACAACGGCUCUUCCGCCCCUGCCAAGAUCGAAAAGCGAGGAGGCGUCAGCCGGCAUGAAUCUCCCCUACCCUCUCCAUCACCCUCGGCCCGCAACGUACUCGAAGGUCAAGACGAAACCAGCGAGGUGGGCAGUCCCGCCGCGGCCAGAUCAGCGCCCGCUUCCGAUGCUGCAGCUGGGCUGUCAGCGCAUGACGCCGCAUCGCAAAGCACCUCUGUUCCCACAGCCAACACCAUCCUCUCAAACCCGCUUGCGCAGGGCGGCAACGCAGGCUUCCCGGGCUCUGCAAGCAAGUCUUCUCAAGCGGCCGGUGCCGGCGACCAGGUGCGCACGUUUGACAUUGACGACAUGAUUUCGCGCUUGCUCGAAGCAGGAUACUCGGGCAAGAUUCCCAAACCAGCGCUAAAAAACGCAGAGAUCACCGCCGUCUGCCAAGCCGCGCGCGAGAUCUUCCUCUCGCAACCCACACUCAUCGAGCUCAGCCCACCCGUCAAGAUUGUAGGCGAUACACACGGUCAAUACCACGAUCUUCUUCGGCUGUUCGAGAUGUGCGGCUUUCCGCCAUCCGCCAACUAUCUCUUCUUGGGCGACUACGUCGAUCGAGGCAAGCAGUCGCUCGAGACCAUCCUGCUACUCCUCUGCUACAAGAUCAAGUACCCCGAGAACUUUUUCCUCCUCCGUGGAAACCACGAGUGCGCCAACGUGACCCGUGUCUACGGCUUCUACGACGAAUGCAAGCGUCGCGUCAACAUCAAGAUCUGGAAGACAUUCAUCGACGUAUUCAACACGCUGCCCAUUGCUGCCGUGGUCGCAUCCAAGAUCUUUUGCGUGCAUGGCGGCCUCUCCCCCUCGCUCUCGAAUAUGGACGACAUUCGCCGCAUCGAACGCCCCACCGACGUGCCCGACUAUGGUUUGCUCAACGACCUGCUCUGGUCGGAUCCUUCAGAUACUGCGCUCGACUGGGAGGACAACGAACGCGGCGUCUCGUACUGUUUCGGCAAAGCCGUCAUUCAGCAGUUCCUGGCACAGUACGAUUUCGACCUCAUCUGCCGUGCACACAUGGUCGUCGAGGACGGAUACGAGUUCUGGAACGAGCGCACGCUCGUCACCAUCUUCUCGGCACCCAACUACUGCGGCGAAUUCGACAACUUUGGCGCCGUCAUGUCGGUCUCGGAGGACUUGCUGUGUGCGUUUGAGCUGCUCAAGCCGCUCGAUGGAGCUGCGCUGAAAAAGGAAAUGGCCAAGAACAAGAGGAGGAGCUUGCUGCAGCAUCAGUCGCCGCCUGUGAGAGGCGGACAACAGUCGUAUUGA